AUGCGUGUGUGGAAGGACCUACUGCUAUUUCGCGCACAAAGGGUGGUGAUGGACUUUGAAGAAGAGCGCAGUAUUGCAGAAAGUGACGCUGAAAAUGCCGGCAACGCCAUUCUAGCUGCUCGUUGUGGGUGUAGCGUACCCGGCAAGGACGGUCCAGCCGACAGAAAUUCGAUGGUGUUGCUAGACGGUCUGUACCGCAUGGAAAAGAUUCGUGAUCAGCUUUUACGUUUGCAAACGGAAAUGGCAGUUGCUGAUCGUGAAAACUCGGCGCGUCCUGAAAUCGGCCACUUUAUUUCCGAGGCUCUCCGGGUACUGGGAAGACGACUGUAG